UUCAGAAGAAGAGGCUGUUGUGGGUUACAUCCAUCUUCAGAAAAACGUCCGCCAUCAGCUUGACUGCACCAUGGGAGCCGUUCUGGGACUCUGUUCCAUGGCUAGCUGGAUCCCCUGCCUUUGCGGCAGCGCCCCCUGUCUGUUGUGUCGAUGCUGUCCAGGUGGAAAUAACUCGACCAUGACUCGCCUCAUCUACGCCUGCUUCUUGUUGCUGGGAGUGGCUGUUGCCGGCAUCAUGUUGAUGCCUGGCAUGGAGGGCCAGCUCAAAAAGAUUCCAGGAUUCUGUGAAGGAGGGAUUGGUUCAUCUUUACCUGUUAUAGAGGGCAAAGUGAACUGUGACGUUCUGGUUGGCUACAAGGCUGUGUAUCGGGUUUGCUUUGGAAUGGCCAUGUUCUUCUUACUGUUCUCUUUGCUUAUGAUCAAAGUAAAGAGCAGCCAAGACCCCCGAGCAGCACUUCAUAAUGGAUUUUGGUUCUUCAAGUUUGUCGCAGCUCUUGGCAUCACUGUUGGUUCGUUUUUUAUCUCAGAGGGACCUUUCACUACUGUGUGGUUCUACAUCGGGAUGGCAGGAGCUUUUUGUUUCAUCCUCAUCCAGCUGGUUUUACUCAUUGACUUUGCUCAUUCCUGGAACGAGUCCUGGGUGGAGAAGAUGGAAGAGGGAAACUCUCGCUGUUGGUAUGCAGCUCUACUUUCAGUCACUGCCCUGAACUACGUUCUGUCCCUGGUCUCUUUGGUUCUGUUCUAUGUCUACUACACCCAUUCUGAUGGCUGCACUGAAAAUAAGGUCUUCAUUAGCAUCAACUUGCUGCUGUGCGUCACAGCCUCCGUCAUGUCUGUUCUACCACAGAUUCAGGAGUCCCAGCCCAGGUCUGGCCUGCUGCAAUCCUCCCUGGUCACACUGUACACCAUGUACCUGACCUGGUCUGCAAUGACCAAUGAGCCUGACAGAGAUUGUAACCCCAGCCUUCUGGGUAUGAUUGGGCUUAAUAGCACCAGCCCUAAAGGUCAGGACCAUGUGGUUACAUGGUGGGAUGCUCAAGGAAUUGUGGGAUUGAUUCUUUUCCUCAUGUGUGUCCUGUACUCCAGUAUUCGCAAUUCUUCAAAUGCCCAGGUGAACAAGUUGACUCUGACCACUGAUGAGUCUGCUCUGAUCGAGGACGGACCCCAGACAGACAGCUUUGAGGAGGGCAGUGGCCUUAACAGAGCUGUGGACAAUGAGAAAGAUGGGGUCACCUAUUCUUACUCCUUUUUCCACUUCAUGCUGUUCCUAGCGUCACUCUACAUCAUGAUGACGCUCACCAACUGGUACAGCCCUGACUCCAAUUAUGAGACCAUGACCAGCAGGUGGCCGUCUGUGUGGGUGAAGAUCUCCUCCAGCUGGAUCUGCAUUGGCCUUUAUGUGUGGACUCUGGUGGCUCCACUGGUCCUGGUCAACAGAGACUUUGACUAAAAAACACAUUUCCCUGCUACGCAACUGUAGACUCAUGCUUUGCAUCUCCUGUGUUUUCUGUCAUCAGCUAUAUAAGAUGUAACUUUGUACCUGCUUACCGUGACAGAGGCAGAUUAGUCCUGGUGUUAGAGGAUCUCAGUAUUCAGUGUAGUUGUUUUUGGCAUGUGCAGUCUGGGAGAUGAGUACAGCCUGUGUGCAUGCAUUCAUUUCAUCUUCAUUCCCAGUAAGAUGAACCUUUGUGUUCUUGUGACAGGUUGUAGCCUGUUUUUAGUGAACCCUUGCACUGAUGCAGUUGUAAAUAGGUUGAGUUUGUUCUGUGGUUUAUCCAAAGUGACUAAUUGUUAAUAAGCAUGUUUUCCUUUAAGCAGUGAAUGUUUCUUCACUUUUUAGGAGUGUUGUGAUGGCUUUAAUUGUCUCUAGCUGUCAACUUAACACUAAUGGUCUGUAUAGUUUUGGGACAUGUGAAAAGCUGUUCCACAGAAGGUCAGGCUCAAGCAGAGAGAGGUCUGGAACUAGGAACAGUGUUCCACUUCAUUGCAUGAAUAGUGCUGUGUCAAUGUUUUCUGUGUUAUUUGCAGCUGGCACAUACAUAAAAGACAUUCUUCCUUUUAUUGAUUCUGAUUAGUAAUGUCUAUUGUGUAAAAAUAAGACUGGUUAAAACCUCUUUGUAGUGUUAUUAGAUAAUAGUUGAGUAUUAUGUUUCUCAUAAAGCUAUUACAUCCCUUAACUAAAAUAAAGUGAGAAAAAAAGUGUG